GUAAAAACCGCGCCCACGGAACAAACUGCGGCCGGCUUUUCCCCCCAGCCGUUUUAUAGUUUUACGGUUUUCCUCAAUCAUCGUCGUGACAAGAAAGCGACACGCUUUUCCUGCUUUCCACCGGACCGUAGUGAGCGAAGCCAUCGCUAACCUCGCAGACCGGGAACCGCUCCUCCAUGUGACGACUGUGAUGUGACCAGACCUACUGAGUGGCGUCAUUCAACUCGCCACAGCUGUGCUUGAAUUGGCAUUCGUUUCGAUGAUCCGUACGUGACAUCAGGGGAAGGAGCGCCUGCGGCGUUAUCGCACCGUGCGCGCUGUGUGACGACAGCGGAGCUCGUUUGUUUGAAGCCAUGGCGGUGAGAAAACGUGGCGAUACCAGGAAGACCGCGGCCGAAGCCGCUUCGUCCGACGGUACGCAGCGGGCCGCUCCUGCGCCAGCGCCCGUGUUUUCGGCUAGGAGAAUCUUCGUGCGCGUCGGCGUGUCCGUCGCAUUGCUGGCCGCCCUCUACGUGCCGGCGUGGUGGAAGUCCGAGAGCGUCAGGACGUUCGCCUCCCGCGACGAAGUCCUCGCGAUCAAGUCGGAGACGGUGCAGUGCUCCAGGGACUACGUGAACGACCGUCGCCUCUUCAAGGAUUGUGCUCCCCAGAAGUGCGGAAGAGUGGUUUCGGACAGUGUGGUAACCAGUGAUGAGACGGACGCACUGUUGAGCCUGGCGAAGCGGGGCUUAGCGCUGAGUCACUCAGAUGGUGGGGCUUCCAUUCUCGAUCUGCAUUCUGGAUCAAUCUCCCUGGGGAAAAAGUUCGUCAAUGUCUACAAACUGCUUGAACAGAAAGGCACCACGCUAUUCAGCGAGAAUGACCUGAAAGUCUACAAGCAGGUCAAAGACAAGAUUCGAAGCCUGAUUGGCUUUCAGUUCGGCAUCAGGCCCGACACCCUGCACCUGACACACCCGACAUUCUUCUCAGAAAUGACGGUGCGGCCUGCUGUCACCGUCCAUGACGAGUACUGGCACGUACAUGUCGACAAGGAGCAGUACGGCUCGUUCCACUAUACUUCGCUGCUCUAUCUGACUGACUACAAUGCCGAUUUCGGUGGAGGCCGCCUGGUUUUUGUGGACGGCACCCGGGGGAAUGCUACAGUGGAACCAAAGAAAGGUCGCGUCCUGGCAUUCACAUCCGGCUCGGAGAACCCGCAUUUCGUCGAGAAAGUGGACAAGGGCAUCCGGUACGCGCUGACUGUGUCUUUCUCCUGCGAUCCUUCAAAGGCCAUCCGUGACCCCGGCAGGCCUCGACCGGCCGUCUGAGCUGCAACUUGUCACGAAUAGCGAUGUGGUCUACGAAGACUGAGGUGCUGGAAGGCUGUUAAUGAAUGCGACGUACAAGUUGUUCUAUGCAAUCUUGCACUUCUAUGCACGUAUAACAAAAAUGGAAGUGGUACGAGUUUCGUGUUCACGAAAUGCCGAGUUCAACGACUAAGGCACUUUCGACGUGCACAGGGGCAGUAACGUUGUCAGUAAGGAUUUGAAAAUCUUUCAAUAAUUGCCCUAUAAACAAAUUUAUGCCCAUGUUUGCUUUAGUUAUACUAAUUGUGAAAGCAGAAAUGAAACAAGUGCUAAAAGCGCAAAGUCAGUUUUCCUGUCUUCAAAGCUGUUUUUCGUGCGCGAGAUUAGACGACGAUGUCCUCCAUAGCGAUUUCAUGCCGUGUUACAGGUGUGAUAUGCGAGUUCUUGAUGCGUGCAUGAAUUAACAGAAGUGGAAGCUUUUAUUUUUAAAAAAGAAAAAGAAGCUUUCACGACCAGUGACCAUAGAUUCUUGUGCAUAAAACGCGACAAUGACAUUACCUCGAGUGAUAAAGGGUGUCAUAAUGAGAAGGUAUUUCGUAUGUAAUGAGACUUCACAUUAUCCAUGUUGAUUAAAAAGUACACUGGUAUACCAAGAACCCGCUUGGUGGCAAGAGACAAUAGAUUCGCACAUAAUUAUGAAAAACGCCACCUUUUGGGCAAUAAGAUACAGAUGCACGUAAUCGUGAAAAAGAUUUGCACAUAGUCGUGCAAAUUUUUUUCACGAUGCGCACAAUCUGCACAUAAUCAUGAAAACAUCACACUUUCGAAUCUAUCCCGCAUAAGAUGCAAUACAGCAUCAUCAUUCAUAAUGAGUAAUAUCGUUACUGAAAUCACUGCCAUCCACAUUUUUGCUGAUCUUUGGUAGACCAAGGAACGCUAAAAGGAAAACUUGACUAGCUUAGGUGUACAUUCCUUAAAAUCUGCCUUUAUACAUAUGGCAGACAGAAGGAUGAGAGCCCAAAUUUACCACUAUUUUAUUUUGUGCCGAAGCGUCGGUACCAGCACAUCAGUGGAGUGUAACCUAUUUCAGAGCAUCAUCUUGUAUUGCCUUUGACGCAGGAAAUUUUUGCCCCGGUAAUCUACGACUUCUUUUAUGAUGUAAUGUAGUCUUUCUUUACUAGAUUAACUUGUGAAUGAACGCUAGAAGACGAUCUCAAGAUCCACAGCAUCCCCACAGGUUGGUGUGCGGCGACUUCAGGGGAGCAGCUCUGGUCAUUUUUCGGUAUUGCAAUUGCCUAGCGAGGUAAAAGUUCCUCUGCGGUAACAACGGCUUUGCUACUGCAGUAGCAUAAUUUCUUGAAUGCAGCUUAACAUUCCUUUUUUUACAGCAAAGCUGUUAGGCAAGUUCCACAGCCACUGCUUGUUAUAAAACGUUAAAAGAAGUUAUAUACUUCCCAAUUUCUACCUUGAAAGAUGAUUAUCAGUCAGUGUAAAAUAAAGGUUGCCUGGUGUAUACCUUAUCUGAAUAGAAAACAAUUUAUUCGCUCCUUUUGUUUAGCCAGUAAUGAGUGAUUUUUGUUUCUUGCAUCUCAUUUCACCGACUUCACAAUGGAGGGCUACAAGUUUGUCUAGCUGCACCGUAUGCACACUGUGUAAAAGUUGUUGCUAAGAGCAGCCAGUGAACAGACCACUACAAUGCUUCCAAAGGGUCUGAACAUUCUCCAAUAGCUUCACCGAUUUUGAAGUAUAUCAGUUGCUCAGAUUGGCAUACAUAAACCUGCGACGUCUUUCUUUUUUUGCUGUCCCUUUAACAAUUACGGUUUUGCAUUAUUGUUUUUGAUAAACAUUCUGCCACGUUUUACGCCUGUUCAGUAUUUACUGCGCUUUUGAGCGACUCCCGUACGGGUCUUGACAAAACAGCUCUCACCUCUCCUACCUAUGCAUUUUGCCUGCCCGGUUGUUGUGUUAAGCGCUAAGGAACAAAUUGUUUUUUCAAAGUAUUUUUUUCGACCAAUGUAAUGAAGUGCACCUCUGGUUGUUUGAAUGUACAUACAUUUCAUUGUUAAUAAAACACGUUGUUCUACUUGG